CUCUAACCCAACAAACCAAGUAAUGGAUUCCGCCGCAGCAACCACCGCAAUUCUGACCAACAUGCUUCACAACGCCGCCACCGCCGCCGCCACCACCACCACCACCAAUCUCCCAACGGAAUUCCUCUGGCCACACGCCGACUUAGCCACAAAUGCCGACGACCCAGAAGAGCUUCAAGAGCCAUUAAUCGAUUUAUCCGGGUUCCGGCGAGGGGACGCGGCGGCGACAGCGGAAGCCGCCGCUCUAAUCCGUCAAGCGUGUAGGAACCAUGGGUUCUUCCAAGUGACGAACCAUGGCAUGGACCCAGAUCUAAUAAACGCCGCAUACGAGCAUGUGGAGACCAUUUUCAAUAUGCCUUUAGUCAAGAAAAUUAGUGUCCGAAAGAAGCCUGGAAGGGUGUCUGGAUAUUCAGGGGCCCAUGCAGAGCGAUUCUCCUCUAAAUUGCCAUGGAAAGAGACGUUUUCUUUUGAGUAUUGUAGCGAUGAUUCUGAAUGGCCUGAUGUUCUUCAUUAUUUCAAGUCCUUAUUGGGUCGCGAAUUCGAGAAAACAGGAUGGGUGUACCAGAGGUACUGCGAGGAGAUGAAAAGAAUUGGGCUAAUGAUAAUGGAGCUUUUGGCUAUAAGUUUGGGAGUUGAAAGACGGCAUUAUAGGGAGUUUUUUGAAGAUGGGAGGUCAAUAAUGAGGUGUAAUUAUUACCCACCGUGUGAGAAUGCAGGGCUGACGCUAGGGACUGGGCCGCACUGUGACCCGACGUCUCUAACAAUUCUGCACCAAGACCAAGUUGGUGGCCUUCAGGUUUUUGCUAAUAAUAGAUGGCUUUCUGUCAAGCCACGACCGGAUGCUUUGGUUAUUAAUAUUGGUGACACCUUCAUGGCACUAUCGAACGGGGCGUACAAGAGCUGCCUGCAUAGGGCAGUGGUGAACAGGAAGAGAGAAAGGAGGUCACUGGCGUUCUUCGUGUGCCCAAAAGAUGAUAAAGUGGUGAGACCCCCACAAGAUUUGGUGGGCAGAGAAGGGCCAAGAAAGUACCCUGAUUUUACAUGGUCAGAUCUUUUGGACUUUACACAAAACCAUUAUAGAGCUGAUGUUGCUACACUCCAAAGCUUUGUUCAUUGGCUUCGACCCUCCCAUACCCGUUCCUUUUAACAACCGUCCUUGCUAUUUCUAUUCUUUUAAAAAUUGCAAUAUAACAAAAUUACCUAGAAAUGACGUACUCGAACACUAUUCUUUUAUUCUUGUCACUGUUAUAUCGUUUCGGAUUAUCGUGUCGAGAAAAUAUUGUUCUUAUUGAUAUUCUCCUUUUUAUUGUCUCUGCCCAAUGCUUUGUCCUUGUGUUUGUUUGUAUAUUGCUUUUGGAGGGUCUUACCUAAAUGCUAGUAAUGAUGCUGCUGCAA